UGCCUUCUCUGCUGGGCCUUCCUAGGUGUCCCCUUCCUCCAUAGAAAGACACUGACAAUUGUGGGUGAUUGUUCUAAGUGCCACAUUGCCUUUGUAUGUGGAAAAAUAGACCCAUGGACACAGUGCGGGUUGCUGUCGUUGGAGCGGGCGUAGUUGGGCUCUCCACCGCUGUGUGCAUUGCCCAGCUGGUCCCCCAGUGCUCUGUUACCAUCAUCUCAGACAAGUUUACUCCAGAUACCACCAGCGACGUGGCUGCCGGGAUCCUCAUUCCUCAUGCAUGUGCAGAUAUACCCAUUGCUGUGCAGAAGCAGUGGUUUAGAGAGACCUUUGACCAUCUGUCCUCAAUCGCCAGCUCCGCUGAAGCUGUGGAUGCUGGGGUUCACCUGCUGUCUGGUUGGCAGAUAUUUCGGAGUAUUCCUACAGAACAAGUGCCAUUCUGGGCUGACGUGGUUCUGGGAUUUCGAGAGAUGACUGAGGCUGAGCUGAAGAGAUUCCCCCAGUAUGUGUUUGGCCAUGCUUUCACCACCCUGAAAUGUGAAACCUCGGUCUACCUCCCCUGGUUGGAGAAAAGGCUGAAGAUGCAUGGAGGCCUGUUCCUCCGCCGGCGAGUAGAAGACCUGUGGGAGCUCCAACCCUCCUUCGACAUCGUGGUCAACUGUUCAGGCUUGGGAAGUCGAGAGCUUGUGGGAGACUCAAUGGUUUUCCCUGUGAGGGGCCAAAUACUCCAAGUGCAGGCCCCCUGGGUGAAGCAUUUUAUCCGAGAUGGGACUGGGCUGACGUAUAUUUACCCUGGGGCAUCCUAUGUCACCUUGGGUGGAACUAGGCAAAAAGGAGACUGGAAUCUGGCCCCAGAUGCAGAAAUCAGCAGGGAUAUUUUCUCCAGAUGUUGUGCUCUGGAGCCAUCCUUGCGCAGGGCCUGCAGCAUGAAGGAGAGGGUGGGCUUGCGGCCUGGCAGAUCAAACAUACUCCUGCAGAAAGAGGCCCUGGCCAGAGAUGGGCGGAGGCUGUGUGUGGUCCACCAUUACGGCCACGGGAGCGGCGGUGUCUCAGUGCACUGGGGCUGUGCUCUGGAGGCUGCCAGGCUGGUGAACGAAUGCGCCCGAGCCCUCAGGACCCCGGCUCUAACAUCAAAGCUAUAGAUGCCAUGAAAGGACAGCUAACAGCCUCAGACAUGAUUGAUCAAAGCACAAUUUAAGCUUCAAAACAGAUUCAAAUAAUUUUUCUAUGCCAUGAAAAUUUAAUUAGAUAUUCCUUAUUUUUGGAAAAAGAAAUGAUGCAAUGUGUAUCUGCAGGCUUAGGAAGCCUAGCAUUAUGAGCAUAGGGCGUGAAGCAGUAUGCUUGUUAAAAAUGCUGGUGAUACAGAGUAAGAUUUGUUUUGGAUCUAGUGUCUGAGGCUCUAUGAUGAUUUGCAUGAAUGCUGAAUGCUGUAAAGUUUUGAUGCUUUUGGCUCAUAAAUUCACGAGAGGACACAACUCGGAAAAAACCUAAAUCAUAUUAGUUGCAGAGCUGUGAAUGACCCUUUUCAGUUAUAGCCAGAUGAGCAUCAUCAUCCCUCUAAAAAAUCAAUAGUGCUCAUUCAGUGCAGGCUUGGUGCACUUAAUUGUAGAUACAGCUAGAUCACGGCUAUUGUUAGUGCAGCGGCUGUGCAGAGCCCCACAGCCAGCAAGGAAGGCAGAAGACAGAGACGAUGUGGCCUGUGGAUGUGGCAUUAAUUCAGCAGCUGCCUGGGGUCCACCCUCUCUGGGUUGUAUAUUUCAUUCCUACAAGAGACUGCGAGCUGACUCACGGUGCGGCUGACUUUGCCUAAGCACUUUUGAAGAUUGAAUAGUACGAGCAGCCAAAGAGUCAAUUUUCUGAUUGAGGUGGAGCAACCAUUCCAAAUGAUGUAUAACCAAAAAUAUCCUGGAGGUUAUUAAACAGUAUUAGGCAGGAGGGCAAUGUGUCUCAUGAUAAAAUGAGUCUGGGAACUGCAGGCUUAAAUCAAUUGAACCCCAUUUCUCUAUUCAGGUUUUCACAGAGCCUUUGAACUUGUUUAUGUGUCGUGAACUCUCAGGUGGGAUUUUCCUUGGGUGGAUGAUAAAAGAGAUGCUAUUCACCAUAGUAAAAAAGCUUAAGAAGAAAUGAUAAUUUUAAUUUGGAGGAGAUGACAUGUUUGGUGGUAAAAAAAUUCUAUUUUGCCUACCCUGGGGAGGAUAUAAAAACCGACAGCAAAAAUGGAAGAAAAACAAAGCUCCUGGCACACCUCUGUUUCUAUUAUUUUAUUUUUUGGGUUUCUGCUGCGAUUUUAUUCGUAGAGAGCAUUCUGCUGGGGAUGCGGAGGCACCAGUAUGUUAGAUGACCUAUUAAAAUUCUCAAGUUAAAUCAAGCACAGGAUCCUUUCUAUAGCUGUCCACCAGGGGACGGUAUUGUAUCAACUCAGAUUAACCUGGUACAUUGGAAAAUUUAGUUCGACUAAAAAUAAAAAAAUAGAUACUGUGU